UUCGCGGUCAUCGGUCGCUGUGACUACACCAAGACCUGUCAGCUAAUUGUCCAGCUCUUCGACCUAUCCGCCUCCAAUCUGCAGUCAGCUCUUGAAAGGUUUAUCUCUGGUGGAACCUUCAACCCCAGCGCCAUUGACGUCACGGUCCUCCAGACUGUUCGCGUUGAAGAGAACCGGUUGGCUUGGCUCGUUUACUUGAUUGGAGCCUUGAUCGGCAGUCGGACGACGCUCUCCACUUCAGUGGAUAAUGACCAAUUAGACGCCGAGCUGGUGUCUCGCGUCCUCAAACUGAUGCGUCUUCUAGACAUGCGUCUCAUGGUUAUAGCUUCAUCGCCCUGUGGCCAAGAUGUGGCAACGACUCUCUGCUCCAUGUCUGCUGGGGCCUCGCGCCUUGAGCUGGCCAUUAUCAACUUUCUUGAACACUUUCGGCGAACCUACAUUUACCAGUCUCUCGCCAACUCGGUGGGCAUCUCUGACGAGAUUAUGAUGCUGCGAGUGUUCACGGCCAAAAUUCUUUCCAAUCUGCGCUACUGGAGUGCCCAGGACAUCGUCCUUCAGCCCACAUUGUCCCUUUUCGGUGAGCUGGCCUCUAGCUACAGUGCAAUGCGCAAACUCCUUCGCCUGGACGACAUCAACUUUAUGCUAAUGAACCACACGGUAGGUUUUGUCCCAAUCAUUUCUUGCUAA